AGUGCAUCCGGGAUAGGUCGUGCAUCUCUGUAUCCGUCGACUCUCAACCAGCCGAUCCACAUCUCACGUAUGGGAUCAAAACAACAGAAUUUUGCAGAAACAUGCCCGCCGCUGCUCCUAGUCCAGUAUGCUAAUUUGCUAAUAACCCCCUCUGUCAAUUACACUUCCUAAAUCUCGUCUCUCUCUCAAUCCCUAAUCACGGUCGCAACCUCCAUCCCAACGAGGGCAUCGGCCGCGGCAGCAUGCAUCCGCAGGCACAAUCCCCACGACGGAUUUCGUCUGCCCUGACGGGAUGCAUCUCCGAACUCCCCAUCAGCUUGGUGGAAAAUUUCUCAUCGCGUGAUAAGCUGCAACAGAUCGUGACGGCGGCUUCUACUGUUAAAGAUGUUGAACAUGUAUCAGCGGUGAUCCAUAAUUCAAGUGUUGACCCUCGGCAUGCCUCUGCAUCUAGCCAUCGUACGGCCGAUCUCACGUGCCCUGCUACGUCUGCUGAAAAUACUAGUACUGCAGAAUAUGAAUCAAACUUGAGUAUGGUGGAUGGAGCUUCAGCUACAGAAUCAGGUAAAAGCUUGCAAACUCAAAUGAGCGAGGGAGAAUUUAGGACGCCAAGAAAGAAAGAAAGCAUUCCCCUAUUUGUGAGUUUAAUAAACUAUGAUUCACCAUGCUUCUUAUCAGUUCAGAGAUUUAUGCAUAAUGAUGAUUAUUGUGAUUCAUUAUUGAUGUUUCAGUGCUCGUCUUUUACGCCAAGUUGCGACGAAAAUUUUGAAGGGCUUGAGGCUGUGGAGGAUUUCUACAAGUCGUAUGCACAUUAUGUGGGUUUUGGAGUUCGUGUCGGACAACAGAAAAUGUUGAACAAAGAAGUGGUUCAGACAAAGCGUUUCAUGUGCAGUAGAGGAGGAUUUAGGACUGAGAAGAACAAGGAGAUUAAAGACCCAUCAAACCAAUCAAUGAAAAGCCGUAAGAUACAACCACACGAUGCGGUUGUGAUGCACAUAUCUUCGUCAAGUUGUGUGGCGACAACACCUACAAGAUACAGUCAUGGGUUGAGUACCAUAGCCAUGGCCUUGUAUCACCUGAUAAACGUCACUUGAUCAGAUCAAAUCGUAAAGUUAAUGAGAGGGCAAAAAAUGUAUUGAAUUCUUUGAUGGAUGGAAAUUUGAGUUUCUUGAACUGUCUUCCUCUUAUUUUCUCUGAAUUGAUGCAUAUUGAAUAGAGUGUAUGAAGCA